AUGUCCUGUGGACCCACGGAAUCACCGGCGGGGCAGGGCCCGCAGGGGCCGGUGGAAGCCCAGGUGAAUGGGCCUGAUGGGAUCCUGCAGAACGGAGCUGUGGAUGAGAACGUGGCCAAGACCAGCCAGCUCCUGGCAGAGCUCAACUUCGAGGAGGAUGAGGAAGACACCUACUACACCAAGGACCUCCCUGUGCACGCCUGCAGUUACUGUGGGAUCCACGACCCUGCCUGCGUGGUUUACUGCAACACCAGCAAGAAGUGGUUCUGUAACGGGCGUGGCAACACAUCGGGCAGCCACAUUGUGAACCACCUGGUGAGAGCCAAGUGCAAAGAGGUGACUCUGCACAAGGAUGGGCCCCUGGGGGAGACCGUCCUGGAGUGCUACAACUGCGGAUGCCGCAACGUCUUCCUGCUCGGCUUCAUCCCAGCCAAGGCAGACUCCGUGGUGGUUCUGCUGUGCAGGCAGCCGUGUGCCAGCCAGAGCAGCCUGAAGGACAUCAACUGGGACAGCUCCCAGUGGCAGCCCCUCAUCCAGGACCGCUGCUUCCUGUCGUGGCUGGUGAAGAUCCCGUCGGAGCAGGAGCAGCUCAGGGCCCGGCAGAUCACGGCCCAGCAGAUCAACAAGCUGGAGGAGCUCUGGAAGGAAAAUCCAUCUGCCACCCUGGAGGACCUGGAAAAGCCUGGUGUCGAUGAGGAACCGCAGCAUGUCCUGCUUAGAUACGAAGAUGCUUAUCAAUACCAAAAUAUAUUUGGUCCUCUGGUCAAGCUUGAGGCAGAUUAUGACAAGAAACUCAAGGAGUCUCAGACCCAAGAUAACAUCACAGUCAGAUGGGACCUGGGCUUGAACAAGAAGAGAAUUGCUUACUUCACUUUGCCAAAGACUGACUCAGACAUGAGGCUCAUGCAAGGAGAUGAGAUCUGCCUGAGGUACAAAGGAGACCUGGCCCCGCUGUGGAAAGGAAUUGGUCAUGUUAUCAAAGUUCCUGAUAAUUAUGGUGAUGAGAUUGCCAUCGAGCUGAGGAGCAGCGUGGGAGCCCCUGUGGAAGUUACUCACAACUUCCAAGUGGAUUUUGUGUGGAAAUCUACUUCCUUUGACAGAAUGCAGAGUGCCCUCAAAACGUUCGCUGUGGACGAGACCUCGGUGUCUGGGUACAUCUACCACAAGCUGCUGGGCCACGAGGUGGAGGAUGUGAUUAUUAAAUGCCAGUUGCCAAAGCGCUUCACAGCACAAGGACUUCCUGAUCUCAACCACUCUCAGGUUUAUGCCGUGAAAACAGUCCUGCAGCGUCCUCUGAGCCUUAUUCAGGGUCCCCCUGGCACUGGGAAAACAGUGACAUCAGCCACCAUCGUGUAUCAUCUGGCCAGACAGGGCAAUGGGCCUGUGCUGGUGUGUGCUCCCAGCAACAUCGCCGUGGACCAGCUCACCGAGAAGAUCCACCAGACCGGGCUCAAGGUGGUUCGUCUGUGUGCCAAGAGCCGUGAGGCAAUCGACUCCCCCGUGUCCUUCCUGGCACUGCACAACCAGAUCAGGAACAUGGACAGCAUGCCAGAGCUUCAGAAACUGCAGCAGCUCAAAGAUGAAACUGGAGAGCUCUCAUCUGCUGAUGAGAAACGUUACCGGGCGCUGAAGCGAACCGCGGAGCGGGAGCUGCUCAUGAACGCCGAUGUGAUCUGCUGCACCUGCGUGGGCGCCGGGGAUCCCAGGCUGGCCAAGAUGCAGUUCCGCUCCAUCCUGAUCGAUGAGAGCACCCAGGCCACCGAGCCCGAGUGCAUGGUGCCCGUUGUGCUGGGAGCAAAGCAGCUUAUCCUGGUGGGUGACCACUGCCAGCUGGGGCCUGUGGUGAUGUGCAAGAAGGCUGCCAAGGCUGGGCUGUCCCAGUCCCUGUUUGAGAGGCUGGUGGUGCUGGGGAUCCGGCCCAUCCGGCUGCAGGUGCAGUACCGGAUGCAUCCCGCCCUCAGCGCCUUCCCUUCCAACAUCUUCUACGAGGGCUCUCUCCAGAACGGGGUCACUGCAGCCGACCGUGUGAAGAAAGGCUUCGAUUUCCAGUGGCCACAGCCUGACAAGCCCAUGUUCUUCUACGUCACCCAGGGCCAGGAGGAGAUUGCCAGCUCGGGCACCUCUUACCUGAACAGGACCGAAGCUGCCAACGUGGAGAAAAUCACCACGAAGCUGCUGAAGGCUGGGGCCAAACCAGACCAGAUUGGCAUCAUCACUCCUUACGAGGGGCAGCGCUCCUACCUGGUGCAGUACAUGCAGUUCAGUGGCUCCCUGCACACAAAGCUCUACCAGGAAGUGGAAAUUGCGAGUGUGGAUGCCUUCCAGGGCCGGGAGAAGGACUUCAUUAUCCUUUCCUGUGUGAGGGCCAACGAGCACCAGGGAAUUGGGUUCCUCAAUGACCCCAGGAGGCUCAACGUGGCCCUUACCAGAGCCAGGUAUGGAGUAAUCAUUGUUGGGAACCCCAAAGCCCUGUCCAAGCAGCCACUCUGGAAUCACCUCCUGAAUUACUACAAGGAGCAGAAGGUGCUGGUGGAGGGACCACUGAACAACCUCCGGGAGAGCCUCAUGCAGUUCAGCAAACCCCGGAAACUCGUCAACACCAUCAACCCCGGUGCCCGUUUCAUGACCACUGCCAUGUAUGAUGCACGUGAGGCCAUUAUUCCAGGAUCUGUGUAUGACAGGAGCAGUCAAGGGCGCCCAUCCAACAUGUACUUCCAAACCCACGACCAGAUCGGGAUGAUCAGCGCUGGCCCCAGCCACGUCACCGCCAUGAACAUUCCCAUCCCCUUCAACCUGGUGAUGCCCCCGAUGCCGCCCCCGGGCUACUUCGGCCAGGCCAACGGCCCCGCUGCAGGGCGCGGGGCUCCCAAAGGAAAGACGGGGCGCGGCGGGCGCCAGAAAAACCGCUUUGGGAUCCCUGGGACGAGCCAGUCCAACCUUCCCAACAGUCAAGCCAGCCAAGACGUGGUGUCCCAGCCUUUCUCCCAGGGCCCCCUGACUCAGGGCUAUAUCUCCAUGAGUCAGCCUUCACAGAUGAGUCAGCCUGGGCUCUCCCAACCGGAGUUAUCACAGGACAGUUACCUUGGUGAUGAGUUUAAAUCCCAGAUUGACGUGGCGCUGUCACAGGACUCAACUUACCAGGGUGAACGUGCAUAUCAACAUGGUGGAGUGACGGGACUGUCACAGUAUUAGAGUGUUGAGGAAGAAGAGCUAAGCUUGCGUGGAGCUUAGUUCAUCAGCAUUUUAUUCUGGGUAAUAAAAAAAAUAAAAUAAAAUGGAUACCUGUUUUCCACUGCUAAAACUGAAGCACCACUGUGUGAGAGCAACAGGAGAAAGAAACCAACCAACGGAGAGGAGAGAGAGAGAGAGAGAAAGGAGCGCGCGAGAGAGCCCACUGCUAGAGCUCACUGAGACAAGGAGACCGACCGAGAGGAGAGAGAGCCCUGACGGACCUGCUGGCGCCUCGCUGGGAAGGAACUCACCCCAAAAUGAGUGGUCAGCUGAGUCCCUGCUCCCCCAGUCACCCACGCUCGAGAGAAGGGCCUUAAAAAAGCAGGUUUCACUUCAUUCCAUCCUUCUCUUGGCGAGCAGGGCAUUACUUUUCAGAGCAGAAAGAGGGGGGAGAGGAAAACCCUCAUCUCAGAGUUGUUGUUCUCGUUUCUAAGGGGUACUAUAUUUUAGCAGUGACUGUUUACAUUUUAGAAGCAGAGUAUCUGAGAGAGAGAGAGAGAGAUGCAGAGAGGGAGAGGGAGGGAGAGUCCCUGACUCGGUGACAGCAAGCCAAGCAGAAAUCCAGCGGGAUCCAGCUGAUGCUCAACUCUGAGAUGCAGGUUUUGUUGUCCAACACUGGCUCUGAAAUCUUAGUGUCAUCGUGUCGCCCACAUUCUGAACGGGUCUUUCGUGACGAGGUGGUUUUUAAAGAGAUCCUUUUCAAAAGGAGCGCUGAGUUGUUUAUUUUUUGUUUUGUUUCGUUUUUUUUUUUUUCUUUUUUUUUUAAAAAAAAGAGGUUUGUCUCUGAAUUCUUAGUGGUGGACCUGGGAGAUCCUUGUUCUGAGAAGCUUAUAAAAACAAAACCAACCAAACAAAAAAAUCCAAAAAAAAAACCAACCAAAAAAAAAAAAAUAUACGUUUCAAACAAAACUAAAUUAGAGCACCAAACCUUGAGAACUUUUUUUUUUUUUCAGUGUGAUUUAAAAGUUGCAGCAAUCAGCCUCUUCUUCCUACAUUGGCUAGCAGUUACGAGUGAGAGGAGCCUGCGCGCUCGGGCAGGAGGAGGGUUUCGAGGUGUUUUCUCUAUGCUUCAAUUGGCUACUGUCUGGACUCUACUCUGUGA